GUGCCUUGCUAGUUGCGGACGACGUCGCCGCUCAAAGGGAGGGCGUCGCGGCGCCCCGACCGGUGGAGGUGCUAAGCGAGGCUCCACUCUGCUGGCUGUGGCGGGGUCGGGCGCAGGCACCGCUGGCACAGCCAGCGCCCGAGCACUCCGUUUUUUUUUUUUGUGCCUCAGUGAGGCGCAUUGGCAAAGCCUUCGCUUCGAGCGAUUUGCACGGCACUUCCUGGUCUCUUCGAUGGAAUGGAGCCGAGAGAAGGUCAUGGAGGUUUACCAUAGCAUCAUGCUUCAGCGCCUGCAGAUGAUGGGAUUCUCAACCGCGCGAUCCUUGAGCCGGAUCUAUACUGGCGCAGUCUUGGAGGUUUACGACUUUGCCAAGAGCUCCUUUAAGCGAUCUCCUUUGUCGCCUUACUUGACGUGGACAGUCCGGGACGUGGCAAAGACCUUUCAGGGGAUCCUGAAGGCUUUGGACGGGGGCGCCGACCCGGGCGGGGCCGGGGCCGCGGCGGGAGCCGACCAGGAGGCGAAAGCCGAGGCGCUUCUUUUGGAGACCUUUCUGCACGAGGUCGCUCGUGUCUUCGAGGACAAGCUGAAGCUACAGCUUCAAAAGGACCUUUUGCAUCAAGAGCUUCGAAGACUCCGAAGCUCCCGGAAAAUGCCGGAAAGCGGAGCACCAAGGCGCUUCCUGAAGCGCCUGUCGGCUUCCAUUGCGAAGCCCUACGAGCGCGUGGAGGAGGAGCAGCUUCGGCGCUGCUUCCAGGAGUCUCUGGAGGAGUACAGGCAGCUGAAGGCCGGAGAGGCGGCUUCGACUUCCUUCUUCCUCUCCGAGGAGGUGGUGGACCAGCUCUGCCGCCUCCUCCGCACCGGGGCCCUUGUGCGGGGCCACAUGUUGCUGCUCGGCUUGCUUGGCAGCGGCCGGCGGAGCCUCUGUGGCCUCGCAGCGCACCUCCUGGAUGCCGUCUACUUCGAAACCAAGGAGGCAGUGACGGAGAAAGAGUUCUUGCAGAUGCUGCGGGUGGUGUGGCGGACCUGUGGAGCCAAACAGAGCGACUGCAUCCUGGUCUUGGCGGACGAGGACCUUCGGGACGACGGUGUUCUGGAUUCAAUCAGCGCUGUCCUGGACCUUGGUCACAUUCCCGAGUUGUGCAGCCCUGACGAGAUCACCAACAUGCCUGCACUGGACUUCAAGGACUCCCUUUCCGGUGUGCAUCAGCACUUGCAUUUGGUGCUUUGCCUGUCUCCGAUGGACUUCCGCAUCUUGCGCAAGUUCCCGAAGCUGCUCUGCUGCUGCGCGGUGAGCCACGUGGAAGCUUGGAGGGUGGACUCCUGGCAAGCGAUGGCGGAGCAACGCCUCAGCGAGACUUUGGACAUCGACGUGGCAUCGCGGCUGGCCAGGUGCCUGGCUCGAUCCCAGGAGCUGAACCCCGCGACCGCGACGGUGAGGAGCUUCUCGCAGGUGCUGCAGAACUUCACGCAACUCUGGCGUCUGAAGAGUGCGCAGGUCGCCAAGAAGCGUGGGCGGCUGGAGAGGGCGCUCCAGGUGUUGGCCAAAGCCCCGAGCGUCCAUGCGGAGCUGCAGAGGAAGGUGUCGGCGCUGCAGGCGGAGGUCGAAGAGCAGGAGGCCAAGCUGACGCAACUCCGGGAAGUCGCUGCCUCCAUCGCUGCAGACGUGCAGAGUGCCCAGGAGCAACUGAGAGAGGCGGAGGUCUUCGCCGAGGCUCAGGAGAGCGCCUGCAAGACCCUGCAAGCAGAAGUGCAAGGCGCGAUGGACGAAGUUGCCCAACCAUACAGGACGGCAGUGAAGGCUUUCGAGAAGGCAGAGAAGAAGCUGAGCAGCAGUAGAGCUGAAUCCCGGAAGGAGGUGAGUGAGUUGAAGAGCUUCGCAAACCCGCCUCCCUUGAUCUUGGCGAUCAUGGAGAUGGUUGCCAUGCUCUUCGGCUGCUCCGUGGAAUGGUCCGCGGCCAAGACCUUGAUUUCUGAGACAAGCUUCGGCAAGCGCUUCCGAGACUUCGACAAGGACCACCUCUCGGACGCCCUCUCGGCGCGGCUGAAGGCCGAGGUCAGCCGCGCCGACUUCAAUCCCACUCUCGUGGAGUCGCAGAGCAAAGCAGCGAAAUUCAUCUGCAACUGGCUGCGGGCUCUUGCUGCCUACGACGAGGUUUACCGGUCCACUGCGGGCUUGCGCGAGCGAGCCAGCCAGACGGAGUCUGAAGCUGAAGCAGCACGUCGAGACUUGGCAAUCAAGCAGGCAGAGUUGAAGAGCCUCGAGGAGAAGGCAAUGGAGCCUGCCAAGAUGCUUGAGGAGGCUCAGAGUCAAAUGGAAACCCUCAUGAAUGAGUUGGAUGCCGGACUAAAACGAGCCGGCCUGGUAAGCCAAGUCUUGCACGGAGGCCUCUUUGCUGAAGAGGGAUCUUGGGAGAAGCAGCUGGCUGCACUAACACGCUCCUCGGAGUCCUUGCCGGGAGAGUGUCUGUUUGCCGCGGUCUGCUUGGCCUACUUGGGCCCCGUGGCCCCUGCCCAACGCCCUCUCUGGGAGGAAUCGCUGAAGAGUCUCUGGGCCGAGCGUCCCGGCGAGCAGAGAGAAUCCAAAAAGGCAUCGCAGUACGACUUCAAUUUCUCGGACCCGGUGCAUCAUCAGUGGGAGGUGGAGUCGGUACGCAGCUUGGACGAUGCGGAUGUGGAUCCCAGUGGCUCAAACGUCGAUUCAGCUUCAGAACAUGGUGCACAGGAAGAUGGGUCCUCAUGGACUCUGCCCAGCUUUCUCUUUGACGAAGUGUCUGAACAAGAGUGGAAUGCACAGGGCUUGCCUGCUGCACUUGCGGUCAGCGCAGCUCUGGCCUUGAAAGUGCCCUCGAUGCCACUGUGCCUGGACCCGCACGAGCAGGCGUGCCGCUGGCUGCGGAAGGUGAUCCCAUCGCUCACGGUGACACAUGCUGCGAGCCCGAAGCUUUCCCAAGCUCUCACCGCUUGCCGUCAAGAAGGCAAGCCUCUUCUGGUUUUGGGCUGCCGAGCCGUGCUGGCGCCGAGCCUCUUGCAGUACUUGAGCGAGGAGAGCGAGGCGAAGUGCGAGGACCUCUCUCCGGGGCCGCUUCCGCGAAGGGCAAAAGCCGGUGCCGGGCCCGGGCCCGGGCCUGACCCCGCGAUGGCCGUCGAGGAGACGCAGGAAGCGCCGGGAGCGCAGGGCCAGGGAGGACCCGGCCAUGCGGCCCCUCAGGAGGAGCUCGAGGCGGAGGAGGGAGCUUUCUCACAGGAUUGCGAGUUUCGACUUUAUUUGCUCACCGCAGACAAAGAGAUGGAGCUGCCUUCAAGAGUCCAAUUCAAGAUAGCAACGAUCAACUUCACUGCUGACCAGAGUUCAUUGGACGAUUUCUUUUUGCUGCGUCUAUCUCAGCAAGGGCCGCAAGGGGAGGCUACGGAGCUUCUCAGUUUCGUCCAGAACCAGCGCGAGUUCUUAAUGCUGGAGGAUCAGCUGCUCUCCCAGCUUACCGAAAUGGACAGUGGUGGCGAGUUGUUCGAAGAGGAGGUGGCGUUGGCAGCUGUGGCCACGAGCUUUGGCAGAGUCCAGGAACUGCGCGAGGCCCUUGGUGAGGCGGUGCAGACUUUGCAGGCCCAGCUGGAGAAGACACGGAGCAUCUACGGCGACCUGGCGGAGCACUGUGCGCGGCUCUUCCAAUCCCUGGACGGCCUCGCGACCUGCCUGGGAGGCGCAGCUUUCCUUUGCUCCUUGGUGGACAUCGGCGAGUCCGCCAGUGCCGCUUGCCAAGCGCUGCUGAAGCAGCAGUCCCUGGUGGCCUUUGGCCAGGACACGCUUCUCAGUACCGCGGCCUCCAUGAUGGUUCUGACCAGCAGUUCCCUCUGGGCUGUCGCCUCUCGCGUCUUGCGGCGCUUUGCUUGGAGCUUCUUCCGACAUCAGCUGCCUCUGCUGCUCAUCCACACGGCCCUCCUGCUGGAGCCACAGGAGCCGGCACUGCUGGACUUCCUGCUUGGCGGAAAGGGAGCCGCGGAGAGGGCCGAACGCCACUCCUCUGCGACGAGCUCCAGCCCGAGCUCGAGCCCCGACCUGGGCCUCUGGCCAAGACCCGCCUGGAGGAGCAUCUGUGCUUUGGCCGAGCUCCAGCCCACGUUCCGAGACCUGCCCACACACAUCCAGGAGAAUCUCGACUCUUGGAGGAAAGCUUUGGACAUGCUUGAGCUGUCCUCUACGGCCUCCAGCUGCUCCCACUAUCCCGCCCCAUUCAACGAGCUGUCCGACGGCUUUUCGAGGGUUCUGCUGGUCUCCGCCCUGCAGCCGGCCUUGGCGUCUCGGGAGCUGCUGCUCUACGCCUUGGAGGUCCUCCGCGGCGACGAGGACGAAGGCAUGGCCGUGGAGGUGAGCGGGCCGGUGGAGUUGGAGGAGGCGCUGAGCUCGGCGCUGCUCCUCUCGGACCAACGGAACCGUGGCGGCAGCGGUGGUGGCGGCGGUGGAAGCAGCCGCUCCGCGGAAGAAGUCGGUGAUGCUCGCAUCUCGCCGAGAAUGUUUUUCGCUUUGGAGCCGAGCCUCGAGCUUCGCUCGCUGCCGCUGCCGCAGACACUGAGGCUGCGAACGAGGUCGGAGGAGCGCAGCGCGGCACAGAGCUCGGCCUCGCGUAAGAUGUCUUUCCGGAAGAAGCCGGCAGAUGCACUGGAGACAUCAGCGUCGAAAAGCCCACGCAAGAAAUCGAUAGUGGACGGGCAACUGGAGUCUUCUGCCUCAAUCUCCUCCCGGGUAUCGAAAAGUUCUGGCCUGGAGAGGAAGAAGUCCAUGGCAGAUCAGGGCGACUCCGGAAGCCCACGAAGCCCGAGCAUGGGGAAGAAGCUGGAGAGGAAUCGCUCGAUGGUGGAUCGGUCCGGCACGAAUACCUUGUCACGCACUGGAUCUAUGGCUGCCAUGAGCAGCCCCGUACGCCGGAUCCUUGAACCUUGCUCGUCUCCGGAGCCGGCCCAGCUGGAUGGAUUUGCCAGGAUCCACGACACAGCAGCAGAUGAUCGAGGCACUGGAGACGGCGCGAAGGGAUGCUGGCGAGCUCACGACGCAGAUGAUAGACGAGCACGAGGUUUCUCAGGACCUGGGCGGCGCGAAGUACUCGCUGGAGCGGCAGCGGCAGUGGUAUCGCAAGAAGCUGGCCAGCCUGGACGAGAACCUUGGUCAGGCUCUUCCGACAGAGGCAGAAGAGCACUACAGGGCAUUCUGGGCCCAUGCGGAUGGGCGGUACGGCAACCGCCAGAGGGUCCACCGCGAUCUUCCCGACAACAUCGCAAAGGAACUGAAGGCGAAGCUCAAGACCUGGAGCACGGAGCAGUUCGUCAAAGCACUGGAACAGGACGACAUCCUCACCUACCACGUCGUCUGCCUCCAUGA